AUGAGCACCAGGGAGUUUGAGGGGCUAUCGAAUUCAGAUGUCUGGGGUUCUUCAGGACCGAAGGUAACGCCGACCGGGGUGAAAGCGCUUUACAUAGCGAAUAUUGGGCGUGCUCCACAGCGGGAUAUUGAGAAGUUGGUGGAACCCUAUGGCAAAGUUCAGCGUAUAGAAAUGAAAAGCAAUUACUGCUUUGUAUACUUUAGUGAAGACACAGCGGUUGAAGCCUACGAACACGCUAUUGCUGCUCUGAACGGCCAGCGCCUGGGAUCGCAGUCUCGGAUCCUCACAGCGGAAUGGGCGCGAGGUACCGCUCCAGCGUCAAUCAGCAGACUGCAGGAGAGCGAAAAGACUCUUGGGGGCGAAGAUAGCAUCACAGGCGGGGAUGGGGCGUGUUUGGAGAACUCGGUAACGACAUCCAAAACGCUCUUUGUGGUCAACUUUGACCCUGAUGAAAUCACAAGCCGCGACCUGCUCAUCCAUUUCCACCGAUUUGGGCCGAUUGAACGCAUUGAGAGGCGUAAGCAUUUUGCGUUCAUCGAGUUCCGGUCACUCGACGAUGCGAUCAGAGCGCGCUCAGAGAUGGAUGGAGCCUACAUCGGUUGCCGCCAGGUUUCUGUGGAGUUCUCGCAGAAGGGGCCUCCCGCGCCGAACGGAGAUCCCGCCACUGAAUCUGGUUCUUGUACGCUUGUGCGAAAUACCACAAGGACGCCUUGGCGACAGGGACUCGAUACUCGGCGCCCGCGGUCACUGGAUCGUAGCACAAGGAAUCCAUCCUGGGCCAGACGCCGGCGGCGCUCGUACUCUCCGCCUCUUUUUCCUGCGAUGUCAUCUCGACGCCAAGCUCGCAUGCGGAAUAGUAGCAUGGAAGCACCGCUACCAGAAACGAGCGCCCUUUAUCGCUCGUAA